UAAGGAGUUUUUUGAUGUUCUUCAGGUACUAUUACUGUAAUCUUUUUCAUGUACGAAUUUCAUCAGUCUCUUUACCACUUUCAUUUGCAUUUUCUUCAUUUUGUCAAACAAAGUCAUCAACUUCAUGUUACACCCAAUGGUACAUGAAUUUGAACAGCUGAUGUGAAUAUUAUAGGAGUGGUGGAAUUCUAGACUAGUGAUGGAAUGCAACAAAGAAGAGGCCGUCAGGGUUAGAGGGAUUGCUGAGAAGAAGAUGGAAAAUAGUGAUUUCAUCGGAGCUAAAAAGUUAGCAUCUAAAGCCCAGCAGCUCUUUCCUGAUCUGGAGAACAUUACACAGAUGGUUUUGGUUUGUGAUGUGCACUGUUCUGCAGAGAAUAAAACUUUCGGAAAUGAGAAAGAUUGGUAUGGUAUUCUUAACGUGGAGCCAACAGCUGAUGAUGCUCUUAUAAGGAAGCAAUAUCGCAAGUUAGCUCUCUCGCUACAUCCUGAUAAGAACAAGUUCCCUGGUGCAGCUGAUGCCUUUACAAUGAUUGGUGAAGCGCAAAAGGUGCUUUUGGAUAGAGAAAAACGUAUGUUGUACAACAGUAGACACAUUCCUUCAGGAAGAUCUCAAGUACCAAUGCAGCAGCCGGAUAUCAGGAUACAUCCUUGGGUACAAAACAAUUCCAAUCAGCAAGGUACUCAAUCAGGAGUUCCUACAAGCCAACCAACCUUUUGGACUGCCUGCCCAUUCUGUUCUGUUAAGUACAAGUAUUAUACAACCUUGCUAAAUAAACAUCUGUGGUGCCAAAACUGUAAGAAGUCCUACACAGGUCAUGAACUAAAUGCUUCAGAUGCAACCAAUAGGAGUCAGCCUACUUCCAAGAACAAUGAUGCAACCAAUAGGAGUCAGCCUACUUCCAAGAACAAUGAUGCAACCAAUAGGAGUCAGCCUACUUCCAAGAACAAUGAUACAACAAACCAAGGCCAUGUUAAAGAGACUUGUGUGAGCUCUACAAGCAAGAGAAGUUGUCAGAAGAAGGCUGCUGAUAAAACCCUAGCCAGGAAUCCAUUUAUGCAAGUAGAGUUUCCCUCAGAGGUUGGUCAGGAGUCUACUAGCAAUGGAAAAAUGAAUAAGGAGGGCUUGUCAGGGGGUCGUAAAAAGAAAAACACAAAGAGAAGGAAGACAUCAACAGAAUCUAGUGAAAGUUGUUAUUCAUCAUCAACAAGCAUAGACUCUGAAGAAGAUACAAACUUUGAAUGUCUUAGUGAGGAAAAUCGGCGAAGAUCUACGCGGUCUAGACAGCGUGUCACUUAUCAUGAUCAUCUAAGUGAUGAAGGCGAAGAAGAAGAUCCUUCUAAGCAAUCUAAGGGAGUUGGAUAUCCCUCUCCUACCAAGGAGUCCAAGGUUCAGCAUUUGUCUCAUGCAGCAACUCCCAAUGGGGAGGAGAAGAAAUUAAAGGACAGUUUGUCCUCUGAGGAGAGCUUGCACAACACAGAGCAGGAACCUGAAAAAGGCUGUGGACAUACCCUUGAUCUUCCCUCAGAUCUAGGGCCUUCUACUAUGACUGAGCCAGAAACAUAUGAAUGUGCAGAUCCAGAUUUUAGUGAUUUUGACAAGGGCAGGGAAGAAUCUUGCUUUAAAGUUGGACAAGUGUGGGCUGUUUAUGAUACUCUGGAUGCCAUGCCUAGAUUCUAUGCAGUCAUCAGGAAGAUUUUCUCUCCUGCAUUUAAGUGGCGCAUAACUUGGUUAGAGCCGGAUCCGCUGAAUGAAUUUGAAACCAAAUGGCUAUCUGAGGGGUUACCAGCUUCUUGUGGUAGGUUCAGACUGGGAAACUCAGAAUACACUGAAGAUCAUCCUAUGUUCUCACAUUUGGCAUGUGCAAUAAAUGGAACCAGCUGCAAUGCGAUAAAGAUAUAUCCACGCGAAGGAGAAACUUGGGCCAUCUUUAAAGAUUGGGAUAUGGAAUGGUAUACUCAUCUUGAGAACAAGAAGGAGUACAGCUACGAGUUUGUUGAGAUCUUGUCAGACUAUGCUGAUGAUAUUGGUGUUCAUGUUGCGUACUUGGAUAAAACAAAAGGCUUCACUUGUCUUUUUCAUCGAGUAGGGAAAAGAGACCUUCUAAUUCCUGCAAAGGAGAUAUUUAGAUUCUCUCAUAGAGUUCCUUCAUUUAAGAUGACAGGGAUGGAGAGGAAUGAUGUUCCUGAAGGAUCCUUUGAACUAGACCCUGCUUCCUUACCUAUUGACCAAGUAGGCAUUUCUGUUUCUGCAGAUCUUGACUUCAAGCCUGAGAAUGCAUACCAAGAUGUUUCUGCAAUGAAAUCGGUGGGUAUAUCAAAGUCUGAAAAAUAUACAUCACCUCCUGGCAGGAUGGAACGGGAUGGGAAGCCUCAAGGCAUUUUAUCUCCUACAGAUGGGCUGGAAGUGAAGCUAAAAUUCGAAGGAGAGACAUCUUCGGUUGGUUCAAAGGAAAAGUCCGAAGGAAAUGCACAUCCUGCUGAUAGACGAUCCAGAAUUAACUUAGGAAAUAAUUCACCCGUAGACCAAAGAGAAACAGCUAAUUCUGUAAAUUCUGCAGAGAACUGUUUUGCAUCAGUAGCUAAUGAGGUUCCUGAACCCAAAUUCUACAGCUUUGAUGCUGAGAGAUCACUGGAGAAUUUUCAAGUUGGUCAAUGUUGGGCGAUGUACAGUGAUGAAGACGCCAUGCCUAGGUACUACGGGCACAUAAAGAAGAUAGAUCCUAUCCCUAAUUUUGCGUUGCAUGUGGCAUGGUUUUAUGCCUGUCCACCACCUAAAGGUAUAAUGCAGUGGCGUGAUAAAACAAUGCCAAUUGGUUGUGGAAAUUUUAAGUUUCAACAUAGAAAGCCGAAGAAAUAUAUGGAUACCAAUGCCUUUUCACAUCAAGUAGUAGCAGAACAUACGGAGAAGAAGGGUGUAUACAAGAUCCUCCCCAAAACAGGUGAAGUUUGGGCAGUAUAUAAAAACUGGAGUGCGCAGCUGAAAUGUGAUAAACUAGAAGAUUGUGAAUAUGAAAUUGUUGAAAUACUGGAUGUUACUGAUAGUUAUGUGUCUGUAAAGUUCUUAGUGUGGGUAAAAGGAUUCAAGUCUGUCUACAGGCCUGAAGAGGCUAAUGGAACAGUGAGGAUACCUCUAUCCGAGCAGCUCAGGUUCUCUCAUCAAAUUCCUGCCUUUCGCCUGACAGAAGAGAGAGGUGGCAGCAUGCGAGGUUUCUGGGAGCUUGAUCCAGCAGCAAUGCCUGUUUAUUUACUUUGUACGGACUGAACAGAGGCGAUGUGAAGAAGCAUUAAGCUUUUCGUUUGUUUAUCCUAGACCAAAAUGUGAAGAUUUUUGUACAGGAUGGUCAUGCUAGUUAAGCUUAUCUCUUCUUAGUUUAUAUCCUUGCCCAGAAUUUGAAGCUUUUUGUACAUUAUGGUCAUGCCAAUAGCUGAUAGUUGGAGUUUGUUUCAUCUGGAUGCAUUCCUGAAAUGCUAACUAGGCUAUGCCUUUAAACAUAGUUUGAUGAUCCUUCUUUGAAUUGAUAUGCAGUUACUAUGAACAGCUUAAUUAUGGUUGCUUGGUAAUAUGAGUUAUGC